AUGUAAUUUUAUUCAGAUAAUUUUAUAAAAAUCACUUUGAAAUAAUUAUUUUCGAUUACCUAAAGUUAGAUGGGAUAUCGAAUUACUUAUAGUGCAAAUUUACAAUACCCACUUCAUUUGUCUAAAUUGAUAGCUGAGACAAAAUAUAUGUUAUACAUAUUUUAGCAUAGAUCAAGGCAACAAUCAGUGAGAAAAAAGAGGUAUUGAAUUUAAGAGAUUUGACCGAUCAGCAAGUUAUUACUAUAUUUUGAUAGUUAAUUAAAGAACAGUGAGCAAGAUUUUUGUUAAGAAUAUAGCAAAUUUUGAUUUACUUUAGAAUUCUUUUGUUAUUACUGUGGAUGAGAUUAAAUCUUAGAUUGAUUUAAAACUAUAGCUAUUUCAAAUAGCUAUAAUUUUACAGAUCCAUUUGAAGUAGUGGGAUGAUUACAAAAUAAAACUUAAGUAUUCAAAAAUUGAGACACUGAAUUUAAGUUAAAAAGCAACAGGUUAGAAAUUUACAGAAUAUGCUCCUAGAUAGAGUAAUUUGCUAAUCAAUUAACUAACUGUGGUUUUUGGGUCAUAUGAUUAAACUUGAUCAUCGCCCUAUUAAAUAAUGUAAGGUUUAGAUUAGUAGAACAUA